GCGCGCGGCGGAGCUACGGCUGCUCUCGCUGCUGAGAGGCGCGGCGCGGCGGCCGCCUUGCGCCUCCCCGGACUUUCCAAGUGGGGGCAGAGCAGCCGCUCGCGGAGCCGCCAGUUAGAAGGCACGGGGAAAGAGAGACCUCCAAACUCCUCCUCAGCGUCUCCUCUCCACCCCCUUUUGGCCCCUGCCCUUGGAGAAAGUGGAGUGUGGCGCUUGGUUGUCUUAUUUCUUCAGACAGCUUCGCGGAGCACGGAGUCAGCGGCUGCCCUGUGGGGCUCUCCGCUGUUGGCGCGCCUCUGUGUGUGGUUCCCCCAGGCACACCUCUGUCGACGAUGAGGAAAGGUCUGCGGGCGACAGCGGCCCGCUGCGGACUGGGACUGGGAUACGUGCUGCAAAUGCUUGUGCUACCUGCCCUGGCCCUGCUCAGCGCCAGCGGCACCGGCUCGGCCGCUCAAGACGACGACUUUUUUCAUGAACUCCCAGAAACCUUUCCGUCCGAUCCACCUGAGCCUCUGCCACAUUUCCUUAUUGAGCCUGAAGAAGCUUAUAUUGUGAAGAAUAAGCCUGUGAACCUGUACUGUAAAGCCAGCCCUGCCACCCAGAUCUACUUCAAGUGCAACAGUGAAUGGGUUCAUCAGAAGGACCACAUAGUAGACGAGCGAGUAGACGAAACCUCUGGUCUCAUUGUCCGAGAAGUGAGCAUCGAGAUUUCCCGCCAGCAAGUGGAAGAACUCUUUGGGCCCGAAGAUUACUGGUGUCAGUGUGUGGCCUGGAGCUCGGCGGGCACCACCAAGAGUCGGAAGGCCUACGUGCGCAUCGCAUAUCUGCGAAAGACAUUUGAGCAGGAACCCCUGGGAAAGGAAGUAUCCUUGGAACAGGAAGUCUUGCUCCAGUGUCGACCGCCUGAAGGGAUCCCAGUGGCUGAAGUGGAAUGGUUGAAAAAUGAAGACAUCAUUGAUCCCGUUGAAGAUCGGAAUUUUUAUAUUACUAUUGAUCACAACCUCAUCAUAAAGCAGGCCCGCCUCUCAGAUACUGCAAACUAUACUUGCGUUGCCAAAAACAUUGUUGCCAAGAGAAAAAGCACAACCGCAACUGUCAUAGUCUAUGUAAAUGGUGGCUGGUCCACCUGGACAGAGUGGUCUGUGUGUAAUAGCCGCUGUGGACGAGGGUAUCAGAAGCGCACAAGGACCUGCACCAAUCCAGCCCCACUCAAUGGUGGUGCCUUCUGUGAAGGGCAGAGUGUGCAGAAAAUAGCCUGUACCACGUUGUGCCCAGUGGAUGGCAGAUGGACCUCAUGGAGUAAGUGGUCUACCUGUGGGACCGAGUGCACACACUGGCGCAGAAGGGAGUGCACAGCACCAGCCCCCAAGAAUGGAGGCAAGGACUGCGAUGGCCUCGUCUUACAGUCCAAGAACUGCACGGAUGGGCUGUGCAUGCAGAGUUUCAUUUAUCCUAUUUCAACUGAGCAGAGAACCCAGAAUGAAUAUGGAUUUUCUUCCGCUCCUGAUUCAGACGAUGUUGCUCUGUAUGUUGGCGUUGUGAUCGCUGUGAUUGUCUGCCUGGCCAUUUCUGUGGUCGUGGCCCUCUUUGUGUAUCGGAAGAAUCAUCGUGACUUUGAGUCGGAUAUCAUUGACUCUUCGGCACUCAAUGGAGGCUUUCAGCCUGUGAACAUCAAGGCAGCAAGACAAGACCUCCUGGCAGUACCCCCAGACCUCACAUCAGCUGCAGCCAUGUACAGAGGACCUGUCUAUGCCUUGCACGAUGUCUCCGACAAAAUCCCAAUGACCAACUCUCCAAUUCUGGAUCCACUGCCUAACCUGAAAAUCAAAGUCUACAAUACCUCAGGUGCUGUUACACCCCAAGAUGACCUCUCUGAGUUUGCAUCAAAGCUGUCCCCUCAGAUGACCCAGUCUUUAUUGGAGAAUGAGGCCCUCAACCUGAAGAAUCAGAGUCUAGCAAGGCAGACGGACCCAUCCUGCACUGCAUUUGGUACCUUCAACUCCCUCGGGGGUCACCUUAUUGUCCCCAAUUCAGGAGUAAGCUUGCUGAUUCCCGCUGGGGCCAUUCCCCAAGGGAGAGUCUACGAAAUGUAUGUGACUGUACACAGGAAAGAAAAUAUGAGGCCGCCCAUGGAGGACUCUCAGACACUCUUGACCCCUGUGGUGAGCUGUGGGCCUCCAGGAGCCCUGCUGACCCGCCCUGUCAUCCUCACUAUGCAUCACUGUGCAGAUCCCAAUACCGAGGACUGGAAGAUACAGCUCAAGAGCCAGGCAGCACAGGGACAGUGGGAGGAUGUGGUGGUGGUUGGAGAGGAAAACUUCACCACACCCUGCUACAUUCAGCUGGAUGCAGAGGCCUGCCACCUCCUGUCUGAGAACCUUGGCACCUAUGCCCUGGUGGGGCAGUCCACCACCAAAGCAGCUGCAAAGCGCCUGAAGCUGGCCAUCUUCGGACCACUCUGCUGCUCCUCUCUGGAGUACAGCCUCCGAGUCUACUGUCUGGAUGACACUCAGGAUGCCCUGAAGGAAGUUUUGCAGCUCGAGAGACAGAUGGGAGGACAGCUCCUAGAAGAACCCAAGGCUCUUCAUUUCAAAGGCAGCACCCACAACCUGCGCCUGUCCAUUCAUGAUAUUGCGCACUCCCUCUGGAAGAGCAAACUGCUGGCCAAAUAUCAGGAAAUUCCUUUUUACCAUAUCUGGAGUGGAUCUCAGAGAAACCUCCACUGCACAUUCACUUUGGAAAGAUUUAGCCUGAACACAGUGGAGCUGGUCUGCAAACUCUGUGUGCGGCAGGUGGAAGGAGAAGGGCAGAUCUUCCAGCUAAACUGCACGGUCUCAGAGGAACCUACCGGCAUUGAUUUGCCUCUGCUGGAUCCAGCAAGCACCAUCACCACCAUGACAGGGCCCAGCGCUUUCAGCAUCCCUCCCCCAAUCCGGCAGAAGCUCUGUAGCAGCCUGGAUGCCCCACAGACGAGGGGUCAUGACUGGAGGAUGCUGGCCCAUAAGCUAAACUUGGACAGGUACUUGAAUUACUUUGCCACCAAAUCCAGCCCCACUGGCGUCAUCCUGGAUCUUUGGGAAGCACAGAACUUCCCAGAUGGAAACCUGAGCGUGCUGGCAGCUGUCUUGGAGGAAAUGGGAAGACAUGAGACAGUGGUGUCGUUAGCGACAGAAGGGCAGUAUUGACCCGGGCUGGGGCUGGGAAUGAAGCACCAGACUCGCAGGGGGUCCGUGGCCCUCCAGGGGCUCAGAGCGGAGGAGGAAACCCAGUCUAGACCGAUGCUCCACAGGCAAGACUGCAGCGGGGGAGGGAGGGAGGACAGACCCAACUGCCCUGUAUGUGCCCACUCCCACUCGGCCGUGGUCACAGGAGUUAAGAACAAUUGUACAAAUGUGUAUCUUGAAUUUAGCAAUCAACCUAAUUUUCCUCUUAGUUGGGCUGUAUGCUGUGUGGUACAGGAUCUUACAGUUUCCUAGGAAACGCUUUUUAUUGCUAUCCAGAUCUAUGGAUAAACUUUCUUAACAAACCCAAUUUCUACAAACGUUGUUUACAUCAAAUUGGACAGGGAUGCAGACGCUGUCCAUGGCUCGUUCUAUUUUUGUUUAAAUCAUUUGAAGUCGAAGCUGUGGACGGUUUGCUGUGUCUCUUUCAGAUUAGUCAUUUACAGAGAAAUCACAGACUUUUCCUACCACUCGUGUGUCCGAUAAGCCUCCCAUCGGUGUCCUGUUUCUAGAACUUGUAGAACCAGUCGUGUUCCUGUUUGUAUCAGGGAAGCGGAGACUCUUAAGUGUAACGGAGAAAUAGCUCAGCCUCCUUCUUCCCGAGGGCUCUCCUCUCAUGUCCUCUGGGAGUGAAGCUAUAGCAUCGCAGGGAAGACCACGAUUCACGUUCAGCCACAAACAAGCAUUUCUUCGCAACAUGUGUGUUUGUAAUAUGCAAUCGCAAGUGUUUUUUUUUUUUUUUUAAAGGUAUUAUCAUUAUUAUUAUUAUUGAUGAGUAUUUACAGGUAUUCUAGUAAAAGGAUAUUCUUUUAACUUGUUUUUGUUAGCAAUACUGUUAGUCGUUAGGGAUGGACCUGACCUGCGCACCAUCUCACAGAGCAGGGCGGGCAUGGUCUGCAAUUUGAUUAAACAAGCAUUGCUUCUUUGACCUUUUAUCUUUCUUCCAUCAUUCUGCCCUGGAAAGGUGGUCAGGGCUCACUGACGUUGUCAGUCUGUUCUCUCUCGGGCAGGGCCUUUGUCCUCUGGGUCUUGGCCUGAGACACGUUCUCCAUCGAAGCUCACGCAGCCUCGGUGUGACGCAGCCCCACCAGCUGCCCGUGGGUCCCCUGUCCGUCUCAGAGACGGUGCGGUUGGAGGAACGGCCUCGGAACUGGGGAAUCGGGAGGCCAGCUCUCAUGCUGGGUUUGCCAUCGUCUAGCUCUGUCACUCAUCCUCACUGGAUCUCCGUUCCCUCACCUGCACACUGAAGGGGUUGGGUUCGAUCUGCUGAAAGUUCUAAAAUGCUCGACUUCCACGGUGAUGCCGCCCGUCCCUUCCAUCAGUCCGAAGACCACAGUGGACACUGACCUGGACCCUUCGGAGAUGCAACUAAUCGUUUGCCCUGGCUGCAUUAUGCAUUUCGGAGCAUUCCGACUUGGACGAUAAUUAUUCUAACUUGUCACAUACCUGUCAUGCUUCCCAGUCUCGUUUUUGUGUCCCCGCAUCACACGGUUCCCUGAGAGAUGGCAUCCCUUUAUCACCACCUUCUUUUUCUCUUGGGACCACAUGCCUUCCUGACUAGUUGCAAAUUAUGUUCUAGUAUUGUCUUGGUCAAAAAAUUUUUUAAUUAAAAAAAUGUUUAACUGAAACAUAGUUAUCCAACAGACGACUUUGUGCAAACUAUGAUAUCCCCUUAGGACCAUCACAGGCUGUUGCUUUUAAUGCAGGGAUUCAGUUCAUUCAGCAGGUGGGGAAUAAAGAGUCAACAGCCCAGCAGCCAAAACCAAGAUUGAACAACAAGCACCCAUGUGUGUGAAUCAGAACUUGCAAAGCAGGGCUGUGGUUUACUUUUCAGUGGGAUGUAUCCAGGUUACUGACUGGAUGUGACUUUAAAAUAAUUUUAUAUAUUCUCCCCUUCUUUCCCCAUGGUGUUCCUUACCUGGCUAUUUUGGUAACUUUUGCAUAGUCCCAGGUUCCUCUAUUGAAACCUUGGUAAGGAGCCGUUUCUUUCAUGCCUCUUACUUUGUAUCUUCAGUUUUGGCUGCCUGCGUCAUAAUCUCUCUGUACCAUAUAUAAAGACAUCUCACACUUACUGUGAAAGCAAAAGAUUGCACUAGAAAGCAAGUUCAGUGGAUAAAGUUUACACCAAUGCAUAUUUGACCAAAAGAUAGUAAAAGCGUAUUCUACAUUAAAAAUGUAAAUAUUUUUUAAAAGGAAAGAGAGCUGUCACCCAUUGCUGCAUCUUGAAAUCACACUCUUCAAGAUUGCUCACUAUUACUGGUUUGGGGGACUGUCAUCUAUGGAAAUCAAGAAUUAGAAAAAAAAAAAAAAAGGAGCAAACA